GCUUAUGUUGCGAUGUUGUAGAGCUUUGGCAACAUUUUCGUCAAUUUGGAGGUGAUCGAUCAAAAACAAGGUACUGAAUCGAGUGGUGAGACGACAUAAGGAGACGAUCUUCAGUUUCAUAUCUCGACUCGGUUGCUGUAUGAAAGAGACACUUACGGUUAUUAUCAAGAGUAGAGAUUUUAAGAAGAAAACUUGAGUACGCCCCUUUAAAAAGCUAAGAAAGCGUUCAAUUGUCAAAAGAAGAACUUUGUAUCGCAUCGACAAGACUUUUCCCACAGUCUCAAGAUUUCUCAAAAAAUGUCUAAUAAUUCUUCACUGCCAAACCAAAGCUUGGUGGAACAAUCAGCAAUUGACUCCAACACUGGCGAAUCAUUGACUUUUAAGAUUGUGAAGUUAUCUCUGUAUGCCCUAAUAUUUGUGAUCAGCAUGGUUGGAAACGCUCUGGUUUGUAUUGUCAUUGCAAGAAGACGUCGCAUGCGAACUGUCACCAACUAUUUCAUUCUAAAUCUGGCAAUUGCAGACCUGGCAAUCACUUGCAUAUGCAUUCCGUUUGAUAUCCCAGUGCAAGAGAACAGCUACAAUUGGCCAUAUGGGUAUUUUAUGUGCAAGAUUCUUUAUCCUUUACAAACCAUGUGCAUUUUUGCCUCAAUCUUCACUUUGACAGCUGUAAGUUUGAACCGAUUUUGGGCCAUAGUUUAUCCGCUAAGAAGACAAAUGACAAAAUCUAAUGCUAAAAUUGUGAUUAUUUUGAUAUGGAUCAUUUCAUCAGGGCUAACAGUACCGUACAUAUCAGUACUGUACCUCGAUGGAACUCAGUGUACCGAAAACUGGACGGCUAUGGAAUACAGAAAGGCAUACACACUAUGCCUCUUUAUUUUCCAAUAUUUUCUCCCGUUGCUUGUGAUUGGCGUGGCCUAUGUCAAAAUAGGCAUUGAACUUAAGAAAUGCAUUGGCCCUCAAAUUAACGUUGCACUUUGCCGAGCUCAACAAGAUGAUGCUCGUAAGGUAGUGCGCAUGCUCAUUAUAGUAACACUGCUGUUUGCAUUGUGUGUACUUCCCAAUAAUAUCAUGUGGAUAUGGUUAGACUUUGGAAACGGGGAUUCGUAUAAACAUUUCUGGGACAUGGUUGCCGUCACCAAUAUCAUAUUAUUCGCUAAUAGUGCAACAAACCCUGUGGCUUACACAAUUUGCCAUGAAAAUUUCCGAGAAGAAUUUAAGCAAUACUUCAAUUGUUAUCAUGGAAUUUUGAAUAAUUUAUCAAGUUCCAUGCUUUCUCGCUCAGUUUUUAAAACCUUUCGAAACACGGAAGUGGAAUCGAAAACCUCUCCUGAGAUCCCUGAAGAAGUGUUAUUGAUUUAUUCAAAAGAAACUGUUUUGUAGUCAUAUGAUUUUACUUGUAACUCAAUUCUUCGCUGUUUGGACAAAUUCUUUUAUCCGGCCUUGAGAUCGAAUUUUCUACUGAAAAAUAUACUUACAUAUUUAAGAUUAAUACCAAACAGGAUAACAUCUCAAACCUUGCAUGCUCUUAAUAUCUUGAAUGCUUUAGACUCAUCAUUUGCAUUUUUGGAGACCGAUUUCGAAAUGAAUCACUGAAUGGAAGAUAAAAAAUUCAGCUAUUCCAAAAAAAAGUUGAAGGCCGCCAAUCACAAUGCAAAUAGCCAUUCGCCCCUUCAACCUUUUUUGAAACAGCUGUAUAAAAGGGUUUUAAUUUAAUAUGACCACAGAACCAUUUGAACUUUAUAGAUUAUAAGUUGGUUUAAAUAUGUUUCGACAACACAGUAUCUUUAAUUUUAGAAAUGAUUUAGUUCCAAGAUUUUGGGUAUCUGACACAUCGUCAAGAAAAGGAUGUUUCAUAAUGUUUAAUAAGAGCUCGUUGAAUCUAUAUUCACAGGACCCGAAAGCUCUUUUAGAUAUAAAUUAUUUCUAAACAGAUACUGUGUUGACAAAACAUAACUAAACUAAAUAAAACCAACACACAAUCAUAUUCUGAAUGUACACCUAAUUCAAAAAACGUUGUCAUCCCCAAAGGCAAUAGGCAAUAGGCGAUAGGCGAAAAGCGAUAUGAUAUAUGUCAUUC